AAUGACGCUGAAAACGAAGGGGUGGGGAUUAAGUAGAAGCGUUACAGAGCACGCUGUGUGGAAUAUUAGUAGAAGAGUGAAUAUAACGGUGAGAUCGCUGACUUUAGAUCCAAGUCCUGACUUUGCUGUAACCUGUAUUUCAUAGGAUCACAAUAGCUAUCUAUCAUGACAAGUGAGGUGGUAACGGAUGAGAGCACAUUCUAUUCCAGGGCGGAGAGUUAUUGGAAGGACAUUCCAGCCACUGUAGAUGGUAUGCUGGGUGGAUAUGGUCAUAUUUCAAGUAUUGACGUCAACGGCUCCAAAAAGUUUCUUCAGAACUUUCUAGGGGAUGGGCCAGACAAGACUGGGAUACAGCGUGCACUGGACUGUGGUGCUGGAAUUGGCAGGAUUACCAAACGACUCUUGCUUCCCCUCUUUAAAACUGUUGAUAUGGUAGAUGUAACCGAAUGCUUCCUUGAAAAAGCCCAGUCUUUCCUUGGGGAGGAAAGGAGAAGAGUGGAGAACUAUUUUUGCUGUGGCCUUCAAGACUUCAACCCAGAACCUAACCAUUACGAUGUUGUGUGGAUUCAGUGGGUGAUAGGUCAUUUAACAGAUGAACACCUCGCAGAGUUCCUUAAGAGAUGUCAGAAGGGACUUCGACCUAAUGGCAUUAUAGUUAUCAAAGACAAUGUGGCAUAUGAAGGUGUAAUUUUGGAUGAUGUAGACAGCAGUGUUUGUCGAGAACUUUCAGUACUGCACGAUGUUAUUGAGAAGGCAGGACUUAAAAUUAUAAUGGAGGAGAAGCAGGAAAAUUUCCCUGACGAGAUCUAUCAUGUAUACACAGUUGCCAUGAGAUGAGCUCUGUUUUCUAAGCUGUAGCUGCUAUAGUAGCUAAAUUGAAAAGCAAGCUUGUGGAAAAUGUGAAAGUACAGCAACCAGCUGCUGAAUUCAGUGGCAGUUCAGUUGUUGCAUAAGAUCUAAAAUAGAUCAUGUUUGGAAAGUGCAAUUCCACUCUAGAAAACCUUUUCCCGUCUACCUUUCUAAAUGAAGAAUAAAAGAAAAGACACUUAACAGUAAUGCGUAUAGCUGCUAUUUAUUGUGAAGGCAAAACUACUGGUUUGUAAGACUAACAGGUGGGAAAAGUCCAUAUGUACUUUAACAAGGAAUUUGUCCAAAAUUGACAGUCUGACCUCGGGUCUUGGCAUUGUUUUGUUGGUAUUUAAGUCAUAGUAUUUCACAGUUGCCUUGCUAAGACAAAAUCCUAAAUGAAUUCUUCCAGAUGUUUUUUUGCCUGCCUGCAGAGCUUAUUCUGAAGCUAAUUUGGCAGUGCUAUUCUUGCUUUUGCGAUUUAAAAAAAAUAUACCUAUUUAAAUUAAAUACUACUUUAUGAA